UCAGAAACAACCGUACCGAGGAGCUCCCCAGGGCGCAUGCGUGCUCUGCGGCGCGGGCUGUGGGAAGGUUGGGCUAUGGCAGCUGCUCGGGACCCUCCGGAAGUAUCGCUGAGAGAAGCCACCCAGCGAAAAUUGCGGAGGUUUUCCGAGCUGAGAGGCAAAGUGGUAGCACCUGGAGAAUUCUGGGACAUAGUUGCAAUAACAGCAGCUGAUGAAAAACAGGAACUUGCUUACAAUCAACAGCUGUCCGAAAAGCUGAAAAGAAAGGAGUUACCACUUGGAGUUCAAUAUCACGUUUUUGUAGAUCCUGCUGGAGCCAAAAUUGGAAAUGGAGGAUCAACACUUUGUGCCCUUCAAUGUUUGGAAAAGCUAUAUGGAGAUAAAUGGAAUUCUUUUACCAUCCUAUUAAUUCACUCUGGUGGCUACAGUCAACGACUUCCAAAUGCAAGUGCUCUGGGAAAAAUUUUCACUGCUUUACCUCUUGGUAACCCUAUUUAUCAGAUGCUAGAAUUAAAACUAGCCAUGUACAUUGAUUUCCCCUCACAUAUGAAUCCUGGAAUUCUGGUUACCUGUGCAGAUGAUAUUGAACUGUAUAGUAUUGGAGAAUUUGAGUUUAUUAGAUUUGACAAACCUGGCUUUACUGCUUUAGCUCAUCCUUCUAGUUUGAUGAUAGGUACCACACAUGGAGUAUUUGUCUUAGAGCCUUUUGAUGAUUUAGAACAUAGAGACCUUGAAUACAGAUCUUGUCAUCGUUUCCUUCAUAAGCCCAGCAUAGAAAAGAUGUAUCAAUUUAAUGCUGUGUGUAGAUCUGGACAUUUUUGUCAACAGGACUUUGCUGGGGGUGACACUGCUGAUCUUAAAUUAGACUCUGACUAUGUCUAUACAGAUAGCCUAUUUUAUAUGGAUCAUAAAUCAGCAAAAAUAUUACUUGGUUUUUAUGAAAAAAUAGGCACACUGAGCUGUGAAAUAGAUGCCUAUGGUGACUUUCUACAGGCUUUGGGACCUGGAGCAACUGUGGAGUACACCAGAAACACAUCAAAUGUCGUUAAAGAAGGGUCAGAGUUGGUAGAAAUGAGGCAGAGAAUAUUUCAUCUUCUUAAAGGAACAUCACUAAAUGUUGUUGUUCUUAAUAACUCCAAAUUUUAUCACAUUGGAACAACUGAAGAAUAUUUGUUUUACUUUACCUCCGAUAACAGUUUAAAGUCAGAGCUCGGCUUACAGUCCAUAACUUUUAGUAUCUUUCCAGAUACACCAGAAUGCUCUGGCAAAACAUCCUGUAUCAUUCAAAGCAUACUGGAUUCGACAUGUUCUGUGGCACCUGGCUCAGUUGUGGAGUAUUCUAGAUUGGGGCCUGAUGUUUCAGUUGGGGAGAACUGCAUUAUUAGUGGUUCCCACGUCAUAACAAAAGCUCCGCUGCCUGCAUAUUCUUUUGUGUGUUCCUUAAGCUUGAAGAUGAAUAGAUGCUUAAAGUAUUCCACCAUGGCAUUUGGAGUGCAAGACAACUUGAAAAAGAGUGUGAAAACAUUGUCAGAUAUAAAGUUACUUCAAUUCUUUGGAGUCUGUUUUCUGUCAUGCUUAGAUGUUUGGAAUCUUAAAGUUACAGAGGAACUGUUCUCUGGUAAUAAGACGUGUCUGAGUUUGUGGACUGCACGCAUUUUCCCAGUUUGUUCUUCUUUGAGUGAUUCAGUUACAACAUCCCUAAGGAUGUUAAAUGCUGUUAAGAACAAGUCAGCAUUCAGCCUGAAUAGUUAUAGGCUGUUGUCCAUUGAAGAAAUGCUUAUCUACAAAGAUGUAGGGGAUAUGAUAACUUACAGGGAGCAAAUUUUUCUAGAAGUCAGUUUAAAAAGCAAUUUGAUUUAGAGAUAUUUAAAACAUUGUACACUUUGCCUUUUUGAGUUACAUUCCAGAGAUAGGUAUUUUCUGUAGGCUGUUUCACUGAACUUAAUUAAUGAAAAUUGUCUUAACAUAAUUGCUGUAGAUAAUGUUAAUAGCACAAAAGUAUAUAUAAAUCAUAUUUGAUGAAGACUAUUUCAAGACUAAGUUGAGAAAAGUGAUACUUUUUUGGAUGUAUAUCAUUGUUUUAGUUUUUAAUAAUGAUGGAUUUAUGGAGCAUUGUUUUUUCACAUAAUUAGUUUAAAAGGUAAUUUUCUAAGCAUACCUUUGGAGAAUUUUUCCAUCUUUUUUGAGGCUUUUGAUCCAAUAAAGUUGUAAGUAUUCAUUGGCAAUUCUCUCCUCAACUGUAAUUCUAUUUUGACUAAUAAAAAUGUCAUACUAUAGGGUCUUCAGAGUACUGUAGGAAUACGGAAAAAAUGCUUAUUCAGAAACAAAUCCAUAGCUGACAAAUUGACUCAGUGCCGAAUAUAUUGUGAUUAUUUUAGUUGAUAAAUAGCUAGAUACAAAGACCUCUGAAAUUGAUGAUAAAAUUUGUAUCUCAUUGAUUUUAUCAAAAUGAAACUAAAAGUACACAUGUGUGAUACCCUUGAACAUGUGUUUGUGUAUCUUUAAAAUUUUCCCGUAUGUUCCAUUCCAUAGCAAAACACACACAAAUGCACACAAAACUCAGUUUAUCUGUGGGGAAAGUGGUAGUAAUCAUUGAGAUUCAUCAGUAAUCAUAUAAUUUCACCAUGGACAUCGCUUUCAUUAUCUCCUAUCAGUGCUUCUAACAAAAUUUAAAUUACCAAAUUAACUGACUUUACUUUUCAUCUUAUUUUUUGUCCACACACUGGUGUUGCUGAGAAGCAAAUAAUUGGCCCAAAUGCAGACAUCAAGAGGCAGGCAGAAAAAUGGAAAAACUGAGAUAAUGCACAGACAAUAAACACUUUCAAGAAAAUAAAAAAUUGGCUGAAAUCUCAAGUUAUGUGUUUCUAUAUUGGUAUAAGCACAUAAGUGAAAAGUCUUCAUACUAAAGUGUAAUAAAGAUUUGUCAGCGUGUUUUUUUUAAAUGAAAUAACUAGUCUGUGCUACUUUUAUUUGUAUGUUAACAUGUCAGUAUAAAAAUUGCCAAACUAGAAGUAACUGGUUUAUAACCUUCAGUUAUGAUACUUUGUGUGCAUGUUUUUUUUUUUUUUUCAAGGUUUUUCCCAAGGAGAAGAUACAAAUAUAUGGUAGCUAUUGUAUAUAAAUAAUUGAUUUACUUGCAGAUUUUUCAGAGGAUGUUAUGUGUUUGUCAUUCAUUAAAUGUUCAAAAUUUUAGUUUUACCAAAUCUGAAGUGCCACCAGUUAAAAGAAUCACAUUAUUUUAUGUUCCAUUAAGAAAAACACAAUAAAAUAUGAUACAGUACUUUCUUUGUUACUUGAUAUUUUCAUAUUUAUUUGAGAUCUCUUUUAGAUGUUUUAAAUAUUUUAUUUAACCCUCUUGCAUAUACAUAUAAAAUAAUAAAAAAGUGAAAUAUUGAGAUAUCAUCAAAACAUUUCUACAGCUUCACAUUGAAGUUGUCCUGCAGCACUUUCAACUCAGAGUUAACGAUAUGCAUAUGUCCAUCUAGUACCAUCUUCUGUGCUUUCAGAGCUGCUGGUAAGGCUGCAUUUCCUGAGUGCUCUAAAACUACUGUCUGAAUUAUUUUUUUACCAAGCCCGCACUCCUGCAAGUUUUGAUACCCUUCUAUUUGACAAAACUCAGUUUUGCUUUUGCUUUAUUUUAAUCGCAGGUCCUUUGAACGUAGGACCUGUGAUUCUAUUCAAAGUCAGAAAGAUUUCUGACAUAUUGAUGUUAAUAUGAAAAUUAACACAUUAAUAUGAAAAUUAUUAUUUGGUAAACCAGAAGCGACCUGUCUGAAGUCCUCAAUUAUGGCAUUUUUGUGUUUAUUUUAUUUUUCUUUUUCAAGGUUCUUUUUAGAGAAACUAUAUGGUAGCUGUUGUUUAACAUUUACUUAUAGAUCUUUCAGAGGAUGUUACGUUUAUUAAUUGCUCAAUACUGUGUUUUGCUUAAUCUGAAUUUUAAUCAUAAUCCUGCACAAUGCAUGGAUUCUAGUUGCUUUGAAGUGGUUUUGCUCAAAGAACUUAUGAAUGUCUCUUGCUUUGAGAUGUAUUGCUUGGUGUGUAGAAAUGUACCACAAAUAGUGUACCUUAUUCAACUGAAGUGACAGUCAUAAACACAGAUAUGACCAAGUUCACAUGUGAGCAGGUAACAACUCUGUGACUAUUACUGCCAGGCUAAUAGCUAUUAUACUAACAUUUGUAAGGCAUAUUCCAUUUUCUGGCAUGU